AUGGGCUCAGUGCCGGUACGUUUGUCUCUUAUCCUCUUCCCUGGAGUAAGGUCAGAUAGCUUCCGAGUUCUUCUGACUUAUCUGUACUGGGAUGAUGUGGGUCCAGUAUUGCCAUCACGCUGCUUAGACCUACUGGAGCUGGCCAAUAGGCUAUGCCUCCCCAGGUUGGUACACCUGAUUGAGAAAAGAGUUGUUGAAGAAUUGAACAGGGUCAUCAACUCUACAGACAAUGGAGAUGUUGUAGAGAUAUGCCUCAGGCUGCUUGAACCGUGCAAGUUACACAAUGCAGACCAGCUGGCAGAUUGGUGCAUGAAUCACCUCUGCACCAACUACAACAAAUUGUGCAAAAUGUCACCUAAGCUUCUACGCAGCCUUCAUCCAGAUAAUCAAGAAUAUCUCACCGAGCACAGGUGGCCUCCAGUCUGGUACUUGAAAGACUUUGAUUACUAUGACAAAUGUGCAAGUGAGAGAGAACGUGAGGAGAGAAUGGUGUUCAAAAGAGGAUCUGGAAGCGGUGGGUGCCUUUGUUUUGGAGGUCGAGGAUCAGAGCAGCCAUUGGUGUCGUCAGCGUGACCUUGGCUUAUAACGAUGCUGGUGGUAGCCAUCGCUUUCACGCUCAUCAUUACUGCAGUUCUUCUACUGGUUUUCUUUAUUAUUUAGUCUUAGUCUGAUCUGUAACUUGCUGCCUUUUUGUUUGCUAUGAAAAAGCAUCUGGUCAUUGCUUUUAUUUUAACUUUUUUACCAUUGAACUAUGAAGUUUGAUUCGAUAAUUUGAUUUUGUUUUGUUUAUUAUUUGUAAAAUAUUUAUGCAUUCAAUGCAUAUUAAUAUUUUUAUAAUCUGUUAUUAAAUCUAUUUUGUUUUUUUGAAAGUAAUUGUUAAUUGUGCAGAAAAUUUUUCUAGACACUAUUUCUGGCAAAGAUGGAAAAUAUAUAUCUUUAAACAUUUUUAAAAAUUUACAAAAGAUUUAUGAAUGAAAGCAAAAAUAGUUUUUAUAGUCUCAUUUAUUUUUAUUAACUGAAUAGUUAAAAUAUUGGUACAUGCACUGACUGUUCUUGUGGCAUGUGCCCAAAUGAUUAUUACAAACAUUCUCUGUUUUCAAAAAUUGAAUUUCUUCCUACAAUGUUCUAAAAACACCUUACUACUGAUUUGUUUGAUUUGUGUAUAAAUGAACAUAAUCUUCCUAAAAUAAUAUAGGUAUUCUAUAAUAUUACCAAAAUAUUUAGUAAGUUCCUUAAAAUAUAUAAUACUCGAUAUUUCUUGAACUGCGUUAAUAAUAAUCGGAAGCCGAAUUUUUAUGCAGUGAAAAUCCUAUUAAUGUAAAUAUGAUUUUUUUUAUGAUUAAAGUUUUUAAUUUGUAAAGAUUGAAUUAUGGAUUCUCAACUCAAAACACCAGAGUCGGAUCAAAUCCGUUGAGAUACUUUCACAAAGAGGAAGAACUAAACUCUAAAUUAAACCAACCAAGACCUUCGUAGAGGGACAUAAGCACAAGAGUAAAAGUGGUUUGGAUACCUCCUUGAGGAUGAGUCUCAAAAGAGUCUUCAGAUGAGACCUUUGAGACCAGUGUGGAGUGAAAGAGACUGAGAGGCAGAUCCUACACUCCUGGGAGGACAAUGUUUGAGAGACAUUUGGGAAGUGAGGCAUAGAUUGGUAUAGAGUAGAAGAAGAGAGUUGGUGCAAGGUUGAGAUACCGUUCUUAGACUCUACAUGCACCAAUCUAACUCUGUAUAGCGGUAUUGGAGGAGAAAAGAAUAUGAUGAUGACGAUAAUCAUUGUCGCAAUAAAAAAAUGUUAAAAUAUUCCAAAAAAAAUCUUAUACAAAUUUAUAAUCCAUACUGACUUGUUAUAGUAAGAAAAAGCUAGGUCUAACAAAAUGUGAGUUUGGUUUCAUGUUUUGGAUUGGGACUCAUGAAUAAUUUUGUUAGUGCGAAGAAAUUGUAACGAUAUUCAUUUAUAAUGACACUAUUGUUUCUUGAUUGCUCUUUUUAAAAAUAAUCCUAGUGAUAUGGGUUGCUCAUUGCAUUGAACUAUUUAUGUGCUCAAACCAUAUUGACUGUUUGUGCAAUAUUAGUGAUUUUUUGUUUUGAAUAGAGAACUUACUUCUUUUUUCUCUUUUUUUUUAAUGAUUUACUUUUAAUUAGAAAAUAUAGCAAUUUUUUUUUAAAUAUAAGUUAAUUAUUAUUUUAUCUAAAUCUAUUUGUGAUAUUUUCCUACUAUUUAAUAUAUUGAUAUAUUAAGCUGCCCUAACUUCAAAGGAUCUCUAUUGCUUUUCUUUUAUUGUUAUUAUUGACUAAAUAUUUUACUGAUUUGAUUAAGGAUUUUUUUUUUAUAAAAAUGUAUUUUUUUAAUAUUUUAUGUACAUUUGCAGACUGAUUUUUCAAAAUAUAUUAUUAUACCUUUUAAAAAAUAAAUUAAAAUAUGUUUAUUUUAUUGAAAGAUCCAUUUAAAAUCCAAUUCAAUUCAAGCUUUUUAUCUGUGAAUGAUAAGUUUUUAGUGAUGAAAAAGAAAUUAAUACAAUUCUUAAGACUGUUUUAAUGAUCCCAGUUUACGUGUAUAAAAAUCAGUUUAUUUUAUUUUGUUAUAUAUUAAUUAUAAUUUUUAUUAUAUGUCACCUUAUGCUAUAAUAUUAUUAGUCUAAAAGUUAUUCCUAAUAUUUGUAUACAUGUAAAAUUGCAAAGACCAGGUGCUUUACUUGCUGAGCAUUUUUGUUCUUUUUAUAUAAUGGGCGACUUACCUCAGGUAAUUACCGUUGUCUGUGAUCUGGAGUCACAUCAUUGCCAAAUCCAUAUGUUUUAUAAUUUAUAUUUGUACAUUAAUGCUGUUUCCAAUUAAACUUUAAAUAGCCUAAUUCUUAACCUUUGUAAUUACCAUCUUGUAUACAAUAAAUGAGUCCAAUUCUUUAAUUUUAAGAAGCUGUAAACUAGUUUAUUUGUAUGUGUGUAUACAUAUAUUUAUUUAUACAUACACAUAUAUAUUAAUAAUAUAAGGUCCACUGUUUUAUUAUAGUGUCUAUUAACUAUGCAUAGGAAUAAGAAUUAAGUCUUCUUGUGUAUUUAUCCUAUCCUUAAAACUUGUGCUAAAUAUUUUGCACAAUCUUGCUCAUGCCUUUAUUCAUGAUAAUGUUAUUGCAUUUAAAAAAAGAAAAAGAAAAGAUAUUUUAGGCCUGUCAAUUGUCUUACACUAAAGUAUCUGUAGAUAUUGUAAAAAAAAAAAAGAAUGAAAAAAAGCUAUUCAAAAAAGAUAAAAUGCUGUUCAUUUUUCAUUAUUUUUCUAAUAAUUUGCAAGCUUCACUAGCGCUUUCAAAUUUCUAUGGAGCAUCUUCAAUUUCCCAUCUCCAUUUAGAGAUCCUCAUUUAUUUAUUUCUUCUAUUUUGUAUUUUUUCAGUUUUAUUGGCACCACUAAUAACGAGCCUAAUCUUCUCCUAUCAUUGUUUAUCUUAUCACUGUUUACUAGGGGCUGGUAGCGCUGUUGGUAGAAUUUGUUAACCAAAUUAUAGGUCUUUUAUACUAACUAACUUUGCUGUAAAAUAAUUAACACUUUACUUUAUUGCACAUUCUUGCAGUUACAGUAUUUUGUUCUGAAUCCAAAAAAUUUUAAUUAUUAACUUUCUCUGAUUGUUCGUUUUCAUGAACACAUUUCAAUUAAAAAAUACAUAACAAAUUUUUCACCAAUAAAAUUUAUGAAUUGAAUCUGGCCUCCUCUAAAGUGAAUGGUGUAUUGUCUUGAAAAUGGAACAUUACAACCACUCAUUGCCUAAUGUAUUAGCUAAAAAUGAUUAUAUAAUUGAUUGAUGAAAAUUAUUUCAGUUCCAGUAAAUAUAUUUUAUUAAUUAACUAAUCCUCUGUGGGAAUAUCAGAAAGCCUCAGUAUUGAGUCUUCUCUCUAUAAUGAUAGGUGUGCUUACCAUGAAGAAAGGAGAUUGACCUAUAAUGAUAGAAUCAGGAUCAGAUAGGAGGUAACAAGCCUGCAUAGGCUGCUAAAGACAUUAUACAAUAAUAAAAUUCAAGGUACCAUCUGUAGAUACAGGGGAAAUGAACCAACCUUUUGACCCUACAGAAACAAGAUGAGGGAAGCAAAAUAUAGGAACUUUAGAAUAACAAAAAAAUAUGAAAGUAAGAGAAUAUCAAAAUCAGACCUCCAAAAAUUCUUAAAAUUAUUAGUUGAGACAUCCUGGAAGAACCUAAGAGUGAGCUUGACUAUUAUAACAAAAUAGUGUCCAGUUUAUUAAUAAUUAAAUAAGAUCUGGUGGUUGUGCCUAACAAUAUAAACAACACAACCUUUAGUGGUGCUAGUAUAACUGGGAAGUACUUAAAAAAUAUAUUUAUUUUUUUAAUUUAUUUAUUUUCUUAAAUGUGUUUUAUUAUUUGAUGAUAACUGAUUUUUUUUUUAUUACAAAAUGGUAGAAUUAUUUUAGUCUACUAAUGUGAUAAAGUCUUUGACUUUUAUUUUGAUCUGUGAUUCUCUGACGUCCAAGCAAUUAUAACAUCUUCAUCUCCUUAUUAAUUUAUUUUAUUCCUUUUUUUUUCUUUGUAACAUACCAGCCAUUCAUACGAAGAUGUGGGGCAGAACAUCACCCCCUUUGAGAUAAAGGAAGUGGAUACAUUAUAUUUAUUUAAGAUUUUUUUCUUACUUUUACUAUGUCAUUUACUAACAAUUAUUUUCCACUUACCUUAUACUACUGAAUAUUAUUUGACAGGCAGAGGGUCUUAACGUAACUAUUUCUUUUGUACUUAAAGACAUUGCCUUCAUAAGAAACACUUUUUAGGGAUCCUAAAACUAAUGACAUUUUUUACUAGAUACUAAAGUAAAAUGAGGCUUCAUCAAAUAUAUAAAAAAAGAAAUUUAAGAGGCAAAAUAGACAAAAAAUAAAAAUAAUGAAAAACCAAAGCUUUUCGUAGCUUUUAUACAGUUAGUUUUAGGAUUUUUAAUGAAAUGAUUACCUACGAGAACUAAACUGCACCUUUUAAUAUGCUAUAUUUUUUUAUGACAAAAGAAUAAUUAAUAAUAUACUAACUAAUUAUGAGUUAAGUAAUAUAAUUUAAUAUCCUACUAGAGGUUUUUUUACAAAUCUAGCCAUUUGUACUUUAGUCUUAUUUUUUUCAUGCUUUAAAUACAUACAUUUAAUUAUUAUCAUUAAUUUUAUACAUACAUAUACAUUUGAUAAAUAUAUAUUCAUAUAGAUAUAUAUAAAAUCACUUAUUUAGGUUAUGGAGAAUAAGUAUGGCUGACCACCAUACAGCUCUGUAAGCCAUGUACCUUCAUGGUGACAACCUAUUAACUAGGCAUAAUCUCUUUCAAAAUAUGUGCCCUGGUUUUCAUUGUUUUAUUUUAUACUUCAUUACUGCCACAUUAACGAUCUAAGGGCCAUUGCCCAGAAUGGACAAUCUUCAAUUCAUAUUGAUUGUUAACUUGUGAGGUUUGUUAACAUCAAACCUAAAAAGAUUAGCCUAGAAUGAAAUGUCAGUCAUGGAAUUUCAUAAAUGUAAAAAAAAAAAAAUAAAAACAAAGAAAAAAAAAUCUGAUUUUAUUAUAUGUUGAAUAAAUAAUUUGACAUUAGGGGGGAAAUGUAGGAACUUUUGAUACAGUUUUUAUUGUAUAGUUUAGUUAUUGUAACUUUGAAGUAUUUUGUGAGAUUUACAUGAUACGGCCUGUAGAACAUGUGAUAGAUAAUUUUUUUGUUUUCUUGUUAUUUUUUCUGCUAUCAUAGCAGAUCUCUUACCUGUUGCAAUCAAGAGUUAUAGGCAAUUAUGGCCAAGGUGAAUGAGGUCCUAAUAGAACCACUAACUCACUGCUGUGAACUAGCUCUUUUCUUUGACUCUUUAAAAUGAACUAGCUCUUCUGUGACUUUCUGGAAUGAAUUAUUUAUUUUUAUUAAAUAUUAUUUACUAGAAUAACUUAAAUAUGACAUGAGAAAUGAAAGAAUCAUCGCGAAUGAACUUGUUCUUUCCUGUGAUCACUAAACUGAACUACCUAUGACUCACUGAAAUGAAUUUCCUCAUUUUUUAUGACUCAUUAUAAUGUACUAGUUUUUUUUUUUUUUAAAUUACUGUUACUAAGGAUAAAGGAGUGGAGAGUGGAUCAUCGCGAAUUAAUAGGACAUUAGGAUGAAUAGUCAAGAUUUGCGUCUCCACUCUCCAAAAACUGAUGAAGAUUUCAUAUAAUAAUCCCAUUUUCAAACUAUAUCUACUAAAGAUUAUUUGUCCACUAUUUCCAUUUUCUGUAUCUUUUUUGUAAUGAGUAGAAUCUUAAUAAGUCAUUUGUAUUAAAUCUUGUUGUUUGCAUCUGUAAUAUUUUUUAUUUUUCACAAAAUUGUUAUAUUCUUAUGUUUUGAUUGAAAAAUGUUUUACUGUUUUUGCAAAAUUCUUAAAAAUAAUGUUUGGUUUAGUCUUUUAAUCCAGUUACUAAUUUUAUUGCAAUUCAAUAGGUUUUUUUUCUCUAUAUUCUCCAUUUUACUUGAUAUGAUAACACUGUUCUCCAUCAAAAUCCUCCAUUUACCAGAAAUGAGUUUUUAUAUGUUUUGAGGUAUGUUGAACACGAAUCCAAAGGCAGAAAAUCUAUAUCAGGCACCAUUUCAUGUCAAAUUUGUGUUUUGGGUCAAAAAGUGAGGUAUUUUUCUACAUUUUGAGAAUUUUUUUAUCAUCCAAAAUUUCAAUGAAAAAUGAAAAAAUUCCGAGAACUCAAGUAUAAGACUUCAAAAAUUUUUUAUGACAUAUCUAUGCUCUAUUUAAGGACCUGGAAUUCAAAGAAUUAAAUGAAACUGAAAAAAAGAGCUUUGUCUGGAUUUGAAAAAGUGUGUCAGCAAUAAUGCACAUAUUUUGUCAACAAAAGAGGUAUAUAUUACAUAGACAUUGUUAAAGAAUUGCUUUUAUCAUAUAAGCCCAUGGGUUACAUAUAACAUGACAUUAAAAAUUCAUUUUUUGCACUCUCAUUUGGAUUUCAUCCCUCCUGACUUAGGAGCAGUUUCAGAUGAACAUGGAGAAUGGUUUCAUCAACAUUUAGCCCAAAUAGAGAUGAGGUAUAGAGGUAAAUGCAAUGAGAAGAUGCUUGUGCUGACUACUAUUGGACACUGCAACGAGACAGCAGAUGAACACUAUAAAAGGGAAAAAAAAUUCACAUUGAAUAGGCAUAAAGUCGCAUUAUGUUCAGAGUUAAAUAUUUUAUAUAUUAUUAUUCACAAGAAAAUAAAUUAAGUUAGAAAAAGCAUGCUAUAUCAGUUUUUUUUUUUUAAAACAAUUUUCAUUUUCUUGAAACUGAUGCCUGAUAGAAUUUUUUUUACUUCAGAUUCGAACUCACCACACAUGAAAAUAUAAAAAUCAGCAAAAUUACUUACGGGGAUGAAAACAUUUCUUUUUUUGCAGAACAGUGUAAUUUGCCCAACCAAUAAAGUUAUUGUUUUUUUUUUUUGCUCAGGCUUUAAGGUGUAAACUUCGAGGUCAUCAGUAAAAGUUUACAAGCCGGAUCAUGUAAACCAGCCCUAAGGUAGUCAGUCAUCUUCAUUCUACAGGGUUAAGAAUUACAAAAUUUUAGUUGUAGAAUAAAAUAUUCAGUACUCAAUUUAUUGUAUAUGUUUUUUAUAUGAAUUGGUCGAUGUAUAUCAAGAAAAAAUAUUAAAAUGUGACAGUGAAAAAAUAUUUUAAAUACUUUGAUUUAUUUAAAAUUUUAAAUAAUUUGUACUCUCUCUUGCACUAGAUUUUUAAUGUUAAUCUAUUUUCAAGAUGACUUUAAUGUAGUAAACACAUGGAAAUAAACUAUUGUGAUAUUUAGAUUGGGAAAUUCUCUAAAAUUUAGGAUUUCAUUGAUAAGAUGUAUAAAAAAAAAAAAAUAAAUAAAAAUGUUUUAAAUGUGCUAUAUCUAUAUUGUUCAUUGAAUAUUUUAGUGUUAAUUCUUCUUUUGAUAGAUCAUAUAUUUUAUGUUAAAUCCCUUGAACUGUGCACAAGUACAUAGGGAAGAAUAUUUUCUAAGCAGAUAAUAUUAAUCAUUAAUUAUUUAAAUAAAAAUAAACAAAAUAUAUAUAUAUAUAUAUAUAUAUA